AUGGAACGUGUUCUACAGGAGGUUGCUGAGAUGGAAAACCUGGAACAGCGGUUCUCCGUGAACGAUCAGGCCAUCAACGAGCUUGUGGAUGCCUUGCUUGAGGAGCCGGAAGUUCAGGCAAUAUUGGUGCCAGAUCUGGUAGAAGCAGAGGUGUACCGAUAUGCGUUGCACCGCAUUCUGUGCAUUGCGCAGUUUAUGCUGUCGCAGCUGCAGAUACGGUUAUUUGGAACUCAAGUACGUCUGGGCCUCUAUGCAGACCACUCCCAAGCACCAGGAGCGGAUAAGAAGGCCGAAGACGGACUCCCCCUGAUUGCCGUAAGAGAGAAGGACGUGCAAUCUGUCUUGGCGCGAAUAGAGGAUGAACAGCUCCGCAUAGAGAGGGAGCUCGGAUUGCGGCGUGGUGAUGUGCACUUGAGGCGGAGCUCCUUGGACGGCCCUGCACUUCUGACGCACGUGGACCUUGGCGAGACCGAGGACGUCCACGAGUUUACAACAAUGGCUGCACAGGACCGACUAUCCCGCAGCUUGGCAAUCCAGCGAAAUGUCUCCGUGCCGAUCGAGAUUGCUUUCCAGAUGGUCUCAGAUGUGAACGCUUAUCCCCAGUGGAUGCCAUUUUGCACCUCGGCCUUCGUCACCUCCAAAGAAGAGGCGGAAGGACCAGGAGGUUCAAGCAGCGCGAAGCUGAAGUGUGACGUGGGCUUUGGCCUCGACACUGGAACUGCACUGGGUGCCGUUGGUGACACGAUUAAAUACCAGGUGAGCCUGCUUCCGCCCACAAGCGACAGUGCUGCAAUUACACAAGUCUAUCACCAAGAGCCGGGCGACGUGCGCCGGGUCGCCCGAGUAGUGGCUGACACCGUGGACGGGUUCCGCUAUGGCAGACGGCUUGUUUAUGAUUGGAGAUUCAUCGAGUUUGCACGCGGACAUACGGAUGUCAGACUGGACAUGUUCUUUCAGGCGCGCAACUUCUUCUUCCUCCCAAUUUGGGACAGCAUGCAGGCCAGCAUAACAUCAGUCAUGAUGCGGGAGUUCCAGAAGCGAGCUGUGCAACUGCAGAGCUCAAGGACCUCGCCUCCAUCAGGUCAGAGACGCCAUCGGUGA